AUGAGCCCGAUAUCGGACAGGACACAGAUCCACCAGGAGACCAAGGCCAAGGGUGACAAUGACCCGCUCGACGUCUGCGAGAUUGGAGAGCUCGUUGCCAAGCCCGGUGAGGUCAUCCAGGUCAAGGUGCUCGGUGUCAUGGCUCUGCUUGACGAGGGCGAGACCGACUGGAAGAUCAUGGUCAUCAACGUCAACGACCCCUUGGCCCCUAAGCUCAACGAUGUCGAGGAUGUCGAGCGCCACCUCCCUGGCCUGCUCCGCGCUACCAAUGAGUGGUUCCGCAUUUACAAGAUCCCCGAUGGCAAGCCCGAGAACCAGUUUGCCUUCUCCGGCGAGUGCAAGAACAAGAAGUACGCCAUGGACAUUGUUCGUGAGUGUGCCGAGGCCUGGGAGAAGCUUGCCACUGGCAAGACCCCCAAGGAGGACCUUUCUCUGGUCAACACCACCGUCUCGCACUCCACUGAGCGCACCGACCCCAAGUCGCUCAACAUUCCCCCGGGCGAGAACAAGGCCCCCGCUCCCAUCGAUCCCAGCAUCGACAAGUGGUUCUACAUCUCGGGAGCGCCUACCAGCUAG